AUGUCGUCGUGUCCUAUCCUGCCCUCAAAAUCCAAGAGGAGAAAAGACCAGGAGAAAGCCGGCGACGGCUUGAGUCGAAGUAUCUCCAGGAGAGAGAGCACUACGUCUCGGAUCCUCAAGGAAGGCGUCUACAUCCCCCUCCCCACGUUCUUCUUCAAGGACACCGAGAACCUGGACGAGCUGACCAUCUCGCGCCAUGCUGUGCGUAUGGCCCGGGCCCGGGUGACGGGUCUGAUUGUCAACGACCUGAUGUACGGCGAGGGAGCCCAUCUCUCUCGCGACGACCGCGGUAUCGUCACUCGCACGGUGCGCCACGCGAUCGUCCGCGCAGGAUUCUUACAGAUCCCCAUCAUCGUCAGCUGCGGCGCCCCCUCCGCCAGAGAGACCAUCGAGCUGUGCCACGACGCUCACGCCUCGGGAGGCAGCUAUGCGUUGGUCGGGGCCCCCGCCAUAUACAAGCACUACUACGACACACGGUGCAUUGCUGCCUUCUUCGUCGACGUGGCGAACUCCUCGCCACUCCCGAUCCUCGUCGACACCCGGCCGCAGGACGACGUCGUCGUCCGCGGGACAGUCGGUGGUGAUGCCAGCGCCCUCGCAACGGACGAGUUGAUCCAUCUCGUCACGGGCCAUCCCAACAUCGCCGGCUGCCGACUCUCCCGAACGGAGAUGGCGAGAGCCACCCGCAUGGCACAGGCCACGACGACUGCCGGCCUCGCGUGUCUGGGCGAGUCGGCAGGGUCCACCCUGCAGACUCUCAUCGGAGGCUGUGGCGGCGUGGUGGCGGGAAUGGGCAACCUGGCGCCCAGGACGUGUGUGAGGCUGAUCGAGCUGUACCACCGGGGGAAAGAGGAGGAGGCAAGAAAAUUGCAGGCGGUCGUCGCUCGUGCUGAGGAGACCGAGGCGGCUUUUGGAAUUGCCGGGAUGAAGAGCAACCUGCAGCGCCAUCUCUCCUACGGCGGCUUGCCCCGCCGACCCCUGGCAUUUGUCGACGGCGGCAGUCCAGGUGUGGAGGAGAUGAUGGCUGUCGAAAAUUGUCUCGUUCUCUAG